AUGAAUAGAGGAGAAAACUCAGAUUCCAUCUCUAUUGAUCUGAUUUCUGAUAUACUCUCGAGAUUGCCUGCGAAAUCAAUCACGAGGUUUCUCUGCGUGUCGAAGCUAUGGGGAUCCUUGCUUUGCGAGCCAUAUUUCACCGAGUUGUUCUUGACUAGGUCGUUGGCUCAUCCACGUCUCUUAAUUGGGGUCAAACAAGACGGUGAGUGGUUUUUGUUUUCGGCGCCUCAGCCUCAGAAUCCGUCCUCUCUUGUUGUCGCAGCUGAUUUUCAUAUGAAGAUGUCUUUUGACUUAAUUUAUUAUAUCCUGACAUUAGGAACUGAAGAACUGAGAUGGAGGACGACAGAAUGUCCCUCACAUCCUUAUAGUGGAUUUAGGGGUAAUGGGAUAUGCAUCGAUGGAGUUUUGUAUUACUUAUGUUACGACGAGGAUUGUGGGUAUACUUUUUUGAGUUGUUUUGAUAUUAGGUCUGAGAAGGUUGAGUUUGUAGAUCCAGGCACCUGCGGUAUGAAUGAGAUUACUACAUUGAUAAACUAUAAGGGUAAGCUAGGGUUGAUUAAUAUGGAGAAUGAUUGUCAUGAUGGUGGAUUUCCCCUUAAGUUACAUAUGUGGGUUCUAGAGGAUAUCGAGAAACGGGAAUUCUCUGCAUAUGUCUACACUUUAAGGACUGAUGAGGAUAAAGUCGUUAAGGAUGACCAGUAUAUUUCCGUCGUUGGGGCGACUGCUUCAGGUGAAAUUGUUUUGGUGAAGGAUAAUGCAUCUGCACCGUUUGAUGUUUUCUAUUUUAAUCCCGAAAGCAACAUCCUCCGAAGUGUUGAAAUCCAAGGUAUUACUAGACAAGACGGUGUAGAAUGGUCUGACGAUUAUCAUGAAGUUUACGUCUUUGUAGACCAUGUAGAGGAUCUUAACUUUGAUGUUACGAAGACACCAUAUGCUGCAACAUAA